AUGCGUCGCUGUCAGUGUCUCUUACCUUGGUCCAUUUUGUUGGCUUCGCUUGGAGGAGCAGAGGCAAAGCUGGACUUGAAAUCGGCCAGCAACAUUGUUGUUUACUGGGGUAUGUGGUUACUCCUCAUUACUUGGACGGAUGAAUGCUUACGUGGCAUACGUGCUGAAGGCCAGAACUCGUUCAAUGGAAAGGGUGAUCAAGCACAGCAGCCCCUCGCACAUUACUGCGAUAAUAAGGACAUUGAUGUGAUACCAAUGGCCUUCAAUAUGAUGGUCAAUGGCCCAGGAGGCGCCCCGGAGGUUGAUUUCUCGGUUACCAGCAAGGACUGCGAUGUCUUCGAGGGAACCCAACUAAAAAACUGUCCUGCGAUUGGCGAGGACAUCAAGACGUGCCAAAAGAAGGGCAAGACGAUUCUUCUUUCAAUCGGGGGUGCCACCUACAGCGAGGGCGGCUUCAAGUCCGAGAAGGAGGCCAAGGACGGAGCGAAGCUAAUGUGGGAGACCUUUGGCCCCAAGAAAGAGGGUUCCAAAGCCCUUCGUCCUUUCGGUGACGCCAUUUUGGACGGGUUUGACCUCGACUUUGAAGCCAAUGUCCAAAACAUGGCAGCCUUUGCGAACGAGCUGCGAUCACUGAUAAAGGCAGAUAAGAGCAAGCAGGAGUUCUUUUUGACAGCAGCACCGCAAUGCCCUUACCCCGACCAGGCAGAUAAAGAGUUCCUCAACGGCCCUGUAUACAUUGACGCCAUCUGGGUACAGUUCUACAACAACUAUUGCGGUGUCAACGGCUUCAGUACCGACAGCUCAAGCAGCAAGUACAACUUUGAAGAGUGGGAUAACUGGGCUAAGACGGUGUCCAAAAACAAAGAUGUCAAGGUCAUCAUCGGCGUGCCUGCAUUCACGACAGCGGCAAGCACGGGAUAUAUCCCGGCGGCCCAGUUGGACAAAGUGAUUCAAUACACCAAGAAGUUUGAGAGUCUGGGGGGUGUGAUGAUGUGGGAUGCAACACAGGCAUACGCCAACGAUGGGUAUAUCAAGGAUGUGCGGAAAAGCCUUGGCCCUGCGAAUGAUUCCGGUUCGUCGUCGCCCGACCCGGUGUCAACCUCAGCAUCUACCUCUACGUCCACUGACCCAACGAAGACAACGAGUUUGUCAUCUUCCAAUGCACCCGGCUCCUCACACUUGUCUUCCUCCUCCUCAUCUGCUUCUGCUUCGCCCAAGGGGGAUGAAGAGACUAUAGAUGAAGAAGAAAAUAUGGACGAAGAAGAGGAUAUAGAUGAUGAAGAGGACACAGAUGAUGAAGACAUCGUGAAGCAACAUAAGCCCCUCGGCACGACCACUACCACGACUGUGACCGGCGAAGAGACCGUCAAUCCGACUACUGUCGCCACUGCAACUGAAAAGCCGAGGCCUCCUACGAUUAUAUCUGCCGAGACAACUGCGGCUUCCACCUCGACUGAUAGCCCACAGAGUGGGAACGACUCGAGCCAGGAUGACUGGCACAACCAACAAAAUAUUCCAGAUGACAAUUUGAACGAUCACUCGGAUGUUGAUCAUCUUAGCUCAAUCAUUGCCAACGACCUUCUCGAUUUGCUUGACAGUAUCCGCAAGGCGAAUCAGGUUGCUAGCAGCUUGGUCCAUGUUCUGACCAAUCUCCGGCAUGCACAGCGCAGUAGUACCUGA